AUGCAGAAAUCUAAACUUUCUACGGCCAUCGCCACCGGCCGCCUCCACCUGCUCAGCAGCUUCUUCGCGUUCCUCGCGGUGCUCAGCACGGGCGGCUCGACCGCGCUCCUCUAUGUCGCAGUCGGCUACACCUUCUCGGGAGCGCCGUACUUCCGCGACGCCUCGUCGUCGCACUACAUCUACUGGGACCCCGCUUGCAGUGGCACAGGCUCUACCGCCCGCUGGAUCGUGGACAAGCAAGCACCGAGCACUACCGCCUCCAGCGACCUCGAUGGCGACAGAGCAUGUGCGUACUACGCUGACAUCGACUCGGACGACUCCUCCUCGCCGCCGCUCGGCACUGCUACCUGGCGGGAGACGUGGAGGAAACUUGUCGGUGCCGCCGCUGUGCUGGCCCUCUUCUUUCAAUAUUUGGCCUACUUCUCGCCCCUGGCAUCGCAUCCCAAGCUCUUCCUCGCGCUCUAUUUGCCCACUCUUGCCCUCUGUAUCCUCACCAUCCUCGUCGUCUCCCCGCUGGGCUUCUCGUGGCUUGUUCCGGAGCAGUGCAACUACGACCCAGAAGUGCUCAUCCUCCUCUUGAGCUUAGUUCUUUUGCUCGUCCACUUCUGUCUCGCACCUCUGAACUACCUCCACCAUUGCAAGAGACUUCGCGCUCGCAUCGCCGCCAUCGAGGGCGACCUGCCUGAGCGCCUCGCCGACGGCUCCCUCCGGCUGUUGCGCGUCGCCUGGCUGUUGGAGCGCCCAACGGACUGGGUGCUACCGCGGCAGCAGGACCUGCCGAAAGAGGCGUUUUGGGCCCCGGCCAACGCGACCCUCCUGCUGGCCGAUGAGAAGGUCGCUGCGCUCUCCUACAAGUGGCAGGGCCCCUUCAAUUCGUCCAAGGGCGGCGGCGACCAGCCAGACGGCAGCCGCUUCCACCUUAACGAGGUCCUCUCGUAUUACCGGGAGGGCCGCCACGCAGAGGAACGGCCCGCCCUGAUGUGGGACUUUGCCGCGAUACCACAGCACGACCCGAUAACGGGCGCGAAGCGUACCGCCGCGGAGACUGACGUGUUCAAGAAGGGGCUCGGUGUGAUGAGCAACGCCUACGCCAGCCCGCGCGUCCUCGUGCUGCAGCACCGUCGGAUCCCGCACCAUUUGGAGCGCGAGCUGAACGAGAUCUACGACGGCGCGCCUCCAGAUGACCGCCUCGACCUGAUCCCUUACGCCGGCGCCAAGUGCCGCUCGGGAUGGUGCACGUCUGAGACAGCGUGCGCGCUGCUGAUGACGGAAGGGGGCGGGCACGCGUACGAGCUCGGCGUCGGCCGUGUGCCGGUGACGCGCGGGCGGCUGCCAAGCGUGCGGCACAUGGAGGCGCUCUUCGAGGCCGAGUCGACGCGCUUCAUCGGCCGGGCUGAUCGCGAGGCGGUGUGCCGCAUGUACCUCGACCUGCGCAAGAAGCUCGAGGAGUAUGAUGAGGGGCAAAAAGGCCCUUUUGUGAGCAGCGCCGACCGGCUGAUGACAGAGGAGGAUUCAUGUCGACGAAUCUUCUGCUUGGUCCUCUUCUUGGUCGUGGCCAUCAUCACCCCGUCUGACAUUUUAAUGUUGUUCAUUCCUUUCCUCCUCAUGCCCAUCCUCUGCAGCCGCAUCUUGCGAGCCCACCUCGCCGCCGUCCUCUGCUGCCGCCCUCGCGACAGCCUCGACUACGCCUUCCACUGGAGCAUUCGCAAGCCGCCCUUUCGCCGCAAGCCAGACCCCCCGCUGUCCGAGCUGCCCGCGUGCUUCCUGCCAACCGAAUAG